GCGAGAGACCACCUGAACGAUCGGUAGCACGGUAGGUGGUCUGCAGGUCGACAGGAAGCCGCGGAAGGUUCCGAUACGUUUCGGGCGCGAAAUCGGCGAACACCCCAGAAGAACAUUCAAGGAUAUUUCCGAAGAAGUCGUGCGGUGGUGUUUUCCGCGGAGAAUCGUACGUUUUUCGUGGAGAGCGGAUCUACGGGGAAAUGCAUAAGUUGUCAGUGCGAGUGCGAGAGAAACUGAAGACUAACAUGGAAACUUGAAAGAAAAGGCUUAAGAAUAAUUAAAUUAACACGGCGCUGUGUUGUUUACAGAAAUUCACAACCGACAGUCGUAACAAUCUGGACGAUCCACGAAUAUUUGAGACGUUAAUGCAAUUGCAAUGUGCAAUUAGGGGAAACUUCCUUUAAGAUAUUCAAGAUUUAUGCAAAUUUUCUUAGUGAUCUCUAUAUCUAUUGGAAGAAUUGCAGAUGACAAUUGUGACAAUCCAGACGACCGGUGUAACAAACAAAUCUGAAGGAAGACAAUUAAAGUGUCAGUGCAAAAUACAAAGGAUGACGCACUAAAGAUAUUUUAAAAAUAAAUAAAGUUUAUACGGAAAGAACGGCCAAAUGCAAUCAUAAUAUUCAGUCAGAUGUCUUCAUUGAAAAAACCGUUUAUAAUUGCGAAAAUAGAAUAUAAUUCAGAGUGCCAUAUUUAAACUAAUAAACGAAGAAAUCUGUGUAAUCACAAAGGAAUAGUUCACGCAAUUACAAUAUGAUAAAAGCUCCACGUGAAUCUUACGCAAAAGUUUCUUACAGUGGAAAAAUAAACGAAGCUACGCGUAAAAUUUAAUAAAACGAACAGCAGUGUAAUAUUAGCAAUAACGAGCAUUUUGACGGAGAAGAUUUUAAGUAAUAGAUUUUAACUAAUUGGUUGCCAAUAUAACUAAUACGUCCAAAUUCUCUACUACUGUUCUUCUCUGCAACUGCAAAAAAGUGAAUUAAAAUUCUGCGUGAAGUAUAAGAGAAUCUUAUACUCGCGAGCGAGAAAGAAUAAAAAUAUAAGAAUAUGUAAUAAAGAGAUAUUAUUCUCACAGACAUGCAUCGUGAAUAUAAGAAUCUUCGGGAUGACGUAAACAGUAAAUCGUAAUGUCAUAAGUGGCAUCGUUGGACACGAACCGAAGUAUCUCGAAGCGUUGAAGCAUCAAGUGUUAACGAGUGUUUGGACAAAUCUCGACACGUGCCCGGAAUGGCUUCGGCCAAGACACGUGCCGCUGUUUAGAAAUAUUAUCCUGCACGCGCCUACCUAGCUGACACACGUGUCGAUCGUAUCUCCCCAAUCCUCGAGACGUGUUCAAGGGCGCGAUCGAAAAUUCCAACGAACGAUGCGACCGUCCAGCUCGUCCACGGGGAUUCAGAAUUUAAUUCGGUCGCCAGGCUCGUCCGAUAAUUAAACGAUUAUCGCUCAAAGCGUCUGGAGCGAAGAAUUAAAUGGCGUAAGGUACACGACAGUCUACCUGCCGUCUAGUCAUACAAUCUAGUCGUAUUUUUCGUUAACUAUAGUGAUCAAUCUUCAGAUCCGAUAAGCAACAACAAACUAAGAGAAAAGAUUAUUGUAAUUAAGACCGUGAAACCUCUAAUCGUCAAAGCUGAGUGAUUAUUGCAAAACUGGAUACCGUUAUCAUGUAUUCGAUGGACAAUCUCGAGCGAGAUAUGAUGAACCGGCAAUACAUGUACGAGGCGCACAGCUUCCUGGGCAAUCCGGCUAUCCCGGCGUUGCCGCCGCACUGCGGGGUACCGACCACGGCGACGCUUCCGGCGGUGAUCCCAUCGCAGAUCCCAUCGUCCCAUCAUCCGUCCGGUAGCACCGGUAGUACCAGCGGCAGCGAGCACUAUCUCUACGACGAGAACAGCAGUGACAACGAGAGCGUCUACAGCAGCGAUCAGGAGAAUCACGCGAGAGAACGAGGUCGGAGUAACCGGCGCGGCGGACCGUCAGGAAAAUGUUCAAGACAGGUACAAGUGCAGCAACGGCAGGCGGCGAAUAUGAGGGAGCGAAGACGUAUGCAGAACAUAAACGAUGCCUUCGAGGGCUUGAGAGCUCACAUACCAACUUUGCCGUACGAGAAGAGAUUGUCGAAGGUCGACACGCUCAAGCUGGCGAUCGGUUACAUAAACUUCCUCAACGAGCUCGUCAGGGCGGACAAGGGUAACGACCCCUUGACGGGCAAUAGCGGUCUCUCGAGGUGUUCCAGCCGGGACGAAACCAAGAAGGUCAUAGUCCGUGGCAGCGGUGGAAAUCCGUUCAUCUCGCACUCGCUCUCGUGGUCGAGAAAGUCGGAUAUCUCGCCGAACGGGACGAUGUACGCGAAGGUCUGGACGCCGGAAGAUCCGCGAACGUCGAAAAACGGGACGACGUUCGAAUAGACGGCGAAUUUUGACUUCGUUUUUACGACGUAAAGGGAGGAUCGGACGCGUCGCGAGGAUGUUUCUCAUCUAAGGUGUUAUUUAGUGUCUAAGGGAAAGCGUUUCUAGUCACUGAUCCUCGUUAUUUGUAUCUUACGAUCAUCGAAGUGUCUCCGAUUUUUUCGGGCGACGGGGAUGGUCACCGAUGUUUAUACAUCUCUCGCGACUCCGUCGAAAAGGCGUCGCACAACAAAUCGAAUUUGCUAUUGCAAAACAUACGCGCGCCAUCAAAAUUUAAGUUACAAGAAUUUUUUAUUUAAAAAUAUAAAAUUGUGAUUCUUAUUCGUUACCUUGCUUUUCUAAAUAAUAUUGCAGUCCGAAUAUUUUCGACAGAAUUUUAAAAGACUACGAGGUACUUCUCUGAAAGAAUAAUUUUUUCUCUCGAUUUAGGGGGGCACAUCGUGUAACGAGGGUAAAAAAAAUCGAUUUUUUUCUUUUUUAAAUUGCAAGAUUUACAAGAUUUUUUUGAGAAAACAGAAGGUUUAUUGUAUGGGAUAGCAGAUUAAGACAAAAUAGCUGUAAGUACCUGAAAAUUGUUAGUUAUUCCUACCCAAAACUUUAAACGCGUUUUUCUCGAAACCAGUUUUUUGAAAUUGGCGUGCAAGUUAACUCAGACACUAUUGAUCCGAUUGACUUGGGCCUUUGCACACAUCUGCACAAAUACUUCCCUAAUAACUUGAAACACUGUUUAUGAUAAUAUUAUACUCAAUUAAAUAAUUUUUUAUUGCAUAAUAAACACGAAAAAUUUUCGUCAAAAUCGCUACCUUCUUUUUUCAAGUGUCGCGAUUUUCACAAUUUCGCAUUAUUUUCUUUAAAAAUAGAUUUAGUUAAUGCGUAAACUCCUAAUAGACAAUAAUCUUUUUGGAUUUUUUGUUGUCAAACAAUCGACGCUACAUUGCACGCCGCCAAAUACCAUCAGCGCCAACGCGGUAUUUUUUGUUAGUUCAAUAGUAUAAGAAAUUACCCUAUAAAGUUCAAAAGGAUUGGUUGUAUAGUUACCUAAAAAAAAAUUCCAAAAAGUCAUCUAAUUUUCAGCCAUAUUACACGAGGUGCCUCCCUUUAUUUCUGGAGAGAUUAAUUGAUUCACGUUUAUUUUGACCAAUUCAGUUUUCGCUGUUUUGCAUGAUGCGAAUCUAUGCGUCUAUAUCUAUGAGACAUUUUUACGAAUGUUCUGCGAAACGUGCUUUGUAAAUAGAAAUUACCGAAAUAAGCAAAUUAUAAUGGGAUAAGCACCGUUUAUACAUAAUUAACGGACAUAGAAGGGAUGAUGCAGAGCGAGCAUCAUUAUUGCCACUGUGAAUAACAAAGCCAAAUAAACGUAGUUCCGA